AUGCAUUCUGCUGCUUCGACCCCAACGAGGUCACCUGAAUCUGACCCCAAUGCCAAUAGAAGCACUGCGAGCAAAUCGGAUGAGUUUGAGGAUGAGAACACUCGUAGUUUUCCCUAUCCUGCCUGCUGGAAGGAUGAUGCACGAAUGAACGUCUUAUUGGCACCAUUCCGUCCGCGCGAGGUAAACCCUGAAAACUACGAAUCGAAAUUGAAGUUCUGGCAAGACAUGAUUGCUCAAUACUGCGAACACACCGGUACUGGUUGCUUCUGCAAACGCGACUUGCAGUUGGUGUUUGCAAGAGGAGAUCGUAUACCAUAUGGCUUAGACACGGUGAUGACAGAAAUGCUGCAGGCCAAGAAAAUACGCAUCCGUGCCGAUUAUGCAUAUGACCCGGAGAAUACCUGGAGUGGUUGGGCGAUGAAUAGUUUUUUAAUACGCCCUAUUUCAUGGGGCUGGCAGACAUUGAAAAGUAAAAUGGGACUGCAAGCUCAAAUUGACGCAGGACUACUUGAGUAUGUGCAUUUGGAGGUGAUGAAGAAAUUCUGCAAACUACUACAACAAAGUGUGCUGCAACAGCACCAGGGUGAGUUGCUACACUACGAUAAUUUCGUGGAAAUCUCGAACGCUGUAUUGGCGCUCAAAGAAGACUGUUUACUUUUAUGCUUGCACGUGCUGAAUUGCCAACGAAAAAUUGGACUGGAAUACAAGGUGGAGGAAAAAGAACAAAAAAUACAUCUAAUCAAAAUACCUUCCCAAAAUGAUGCAAGUAUUGCCAUCACCGAGACUGAUCGUGCUGUUCACAACCUGAAAAUGACGCAAGCAAGUCUGCUAAAACAACUGGAAACUUUGGAAGAAGAUAUCAAGGUAAACGAGGAGAAAGCGCGCGCAUACCUAAAGGAGAACAAACGCCAAUUGGCAAAGACUUACUUGCGUAAAAAGCACUUGAUGGAGAAAAAUCACGAAAAACGUAGCUCUGCACUACACAACAUUGAAUCGCUCAUCACCAGCGUAGACGAAGCACAAAGCCAUGGCCAAAUACUCGAUGCCUACAAGAUCGGUUCAAAAGCGUUGCAGAAAGCGCUCAACGACUCUGGGCUCAAAUACGAUAACGUCGAUGAAAUUAUCGCUGAUGUGCGCGAUACCAUGGAGACGCAUCAAGAAAUACAAGACACGUUGGCCAAUGCUAAUCUUACCGAUAUUGGAGCAGGAAGCGCUGAUUUGAAUGACAACGAUGCAUUGGAGCGCGAAUUACAGCAAAUACUUGGACAAACGGGACAAACGCCUGUCAAACAAACAAUUACUGAUGCGAACAGCAACGAGAAGGUAGCAAAAGCUACACCUAUCGCCCAAUCCAAACCAACCGCGAAAAUAACCGAUGCCGAACUUUUAGCAAUGCUCGAGGGACUUGGUGUAGAAGAUGACUCACCGAAAAAAAGCGAAAAGAGUGCUCGAUCUGCAGUCGCUGAAUGAAAGGGUUGGAAUGGGUCAACCGAAGUUGUACUAAUUUGACAGCUAUUUUACGUGUAUGUUCAGAAUGAUUGUUUAACUAAAUUGUUGGUCGUUUCCAUUGCGGAGGAAGGCUCACUACUUAAAUUACUCGUAUUUAUUUUAUUAACAGUUUAGGUGAAAUGUAAAACACAUUGAUAAAAUAUAGUAUGCAAAUGAAAAUAAAGUUUAGCAUAAAUUAAAACCAGA